AUGGCAGAGGUUGGACGAAUGGUUCAGGCUAGGGCGCUACUGCAGCAGUGCCUUCAUGCCCAGCUGCAAGUACACCCAGCCGAGGGGGACGCCGCGGCACAGUGGGUGGAGGUUCAAAGAGGAUUAGUGAUCUAUGUGUGCUUUUUCAAGGGAGCUGAUAAAGAACUUCUCCCCAAGAUGGUUAAUACACUGUUAAAUGUGAAAUUAAGUGAGACAGAAAAUGGCAAGCAUGUGUCUAUAUUGGAUCUGCCUGGCGACGUUCUUAUCAUUCCUCAAGCCACUCUUGGGGGGAAAGCUAAAGGAAGAAGCAUGCAGUAUCACUCUAACUCUGGAAAAGAAGAAGGGUUAGAACUUUACUCUCAAUUUGUGACUCUGUGUGAGAAAGAACUAGCUGCUAACAGCAAGUGUGCUGAAGCCGGGGUGGUCGUGAGACAUGGGACUUACGGGCACAGGCAGGUAUUAAAGCUGGACACCAAUGGACCAUAUACACAUCUGAUGGAAUUUUGA